AUGGUCAAAGCAGCUAAGAUCCUCAACAUCCCAAUCUACAUCACGACCCAAAACGCCGCCCGCCUAGGCGACACCGUCUCCGAGCUCACCACCCUCCUCCCCUCCCCGGACGCCACGCCCACUGACCCUAAAUCCAUGUCCGACACCACCCCGCCAACCCUCCUUCACGACAAAACCGCCUUCUCCAUGAUGACGCCCACCCUCCUCUCCGCCGUCGCCGCCCAGGCCGCCACCGCCACCACCACUCCGCAACCCCUCGAGAUCAUCCUCGUCGGCAUCGAGACACACAUCUGCGUCACGCAAACCGCGCUGGACCUCCUCAGCGCGGGCCACCACGUCUACGUGCUCGCGGACGGCGUCAGCAGCUGUAACGCCGGGGAGCGGUGGGUCGCGCUGGAGCGGCUGCGGAGCCGGGGCGCGACGAUCACGACGAGCGAGAGCGUGCUGUUUGAGUUGUUGGGGGAUGCGAAGAGUGAGGCGUUUAAGGCGGUGAGUGCGUUGGUGACCAAGGAGUUCAAGGAGAAGACGAAGGGCGCGGUGGGGGCGUUUUGUGCGAGGUAG